AUGCCCUCCAGGACGUUUCGCGACAACUUCCAUGAGAUCAUGUGGUCCGAGCUGCGGAGAGCCGUCUUGGCUUGGGAGUUCCACGAGGAGCGAAGGAUUCAGCUGCGGUCCACCUAUGGCGAAAUUUCUCACUGGGAGGUCUCAGCUGUGACUGACAUGAGUGGCCUCUUUGAGGACCUCCGAGCUUUCAAUGAAGACAUUACCGCCUGGAAUACGACGUCUGUCACUGAUAUGAAGAGAAUGUUCAAGGAGGUCCAACAUUACCCGGAUCUUCGAUGGCGCAUCUUCCUUCCACCGGCCACCAUGUCCGGCAGGGACGGCUGUGAGUUAUGGCCCUUUCUGGUGGUGACCGUUGGCAUCACCUUUGUGCUGGUUUCGGACAAGAUGUACCAGGACUUAUGGGAGGAGUUUCCAGAGAUUGAGAGGCAUAGAUCUGCUUUGCAGAGGAUGGGCAUGACAGAUACGGAGAUUCAGAAACAGGUGCAAGACAUGAAGGCACGCCAGAGCGAAACAGCAGGAGUAAGUCCUCGAUAUCUUCUCUCCGACAGCUUCGCAUCAUUGGCAUCACAGCGAACUGGUAAGGCGGAUCCAGACUUCAAUGACAUGAAGGAUGCCUUCUGGCUAUGUGAUGAUCCACUAGGUCAAGAUGUCAACUGCCCGCGAGAUGGUCGCCCGGGCUGUGCGCUCGUGGAUUGGAUGCCAAGACUGGAGCGAGGGCAACAAACACAUUUCGUUUCUUGGACUUGGCGGUACAAGCUGUCGCAAAUACAUAGCGCGGUGGCAGUCUUCCAGUCAGAGUCGACAAGCGACGCCUUUUUCUACAUGUGUUUUUUCGUCAACAACCAGCAUCGGAUUUUGCUGGAGGCAUCCGGAGUGGGAAGCCAGGAACUGGAGAACAUUUUCGAAAGCAACCUUACACGCGUAGGCCAGAUGGUAGCGAUCCUCGAUACUUGGGACCAGCCUACAUACCUCACUAGGCAACUUGGACCCCAAAAGCCUAGGAGUCUUUUCAAAUCCGUUUUGUUGUCAAGGGUUCUGCAGUUCCACCGGUUCUAUCAGUAA